AUGGGUUUUGUUAUCAGCUUGAUAAGAGGAAAGCUUAAAAAUAUAGAACUGAGAAUUAUUCCAAGAGAUUUGGUAGAAUUUAUACUUUUUCCAAAUGUUGAAGUUAGUUACAGAAUGAAUUUAAAAUAAGACUAUGUUCAAGGAGUUGAAAAAUUGGAUACUAAUGCGUGGGAAGUAGAUUUAAUUAAUGACAAAACUAGAUAGUUAGCUUAAAAAAUCAAGGAGAAAAUCAGCUAAACUCAUAAAAAAGAGAAAAAACAAAUACCUCAAGAGGAGAAUUUGCAGGCUGAAAUGGAGUAGAAAUAGCUAAGAAAAAUAUUAUCAAAAAUCAGCGGUUUAAAAAAUAAACUUUUGCAAAGAUAAAAGGACAUAGAUAUUUAAAAGAAAGAAAUGUAAGGCUUAAAGUUAAAAAAAGAUAAGAUAUAAUUAUAAGUUGAUAUUAUGAACUAAAUGAUUAGAGAAGAAGAAGAAAAAUACCAUGCUUAUAGAAAUUUUGAUUUUACUUAUGUUACAAAAACAUAUAAGCUGGUUGAUGUAAAAUAAUAAGCAAAAAAAAAAUUCACAUCUUCUUCUCAAGCUCAUAAACUUUCAUAAUUGAGUUUAUCUAUGAGUAGACCUUAAUCAAGUAAUAACAAUCCUCAACUUUCUUAAAUAAAAGCAGAAUCUAUUAGACAGAGAGAUAAUUCUAAGUAUUUUUCAUAAUAUGUUUCAGAAGAUGCUACUCCAAGCAGGAGAAACCAUUAUAAAGGAAAAGCUCAGACUCCUAUUUCCUAAUAAAAUAAAAAUAAAGAAUUAAUAUUAUGA